GGUAGAACAGUGAUUAACUUAUCUGAUAGUACGUGAAUAAAAAUAGUAUUGUUAUUAUAUAAAUAGCCACCGUUGAUACAGAUCAUAGGUUAGUCGCCAGUGAGAUAAAAAAUACACUACGACUCGUCGCGAUUUUAAUUUAAUAAUCCAUUUCUUAUCAAUAUUGUAUAAAGAGUAAUAUCAGGUCUUCAAGUGUCCCCCAUCUUCUUCAAUCAGUAACAGUCCCACAUGAUAGUGACGUUGUAGUGCUUUCAUUUUCAUCAAUAAUGGCAAAGUUUUUCAACUACACUUUUUUAGUUAUUUGUACUGUUGGUUUCUUGGCAGUCUCGGUAGAUGUUCCAAUAUCAUGGACUUCGCCGAAUUACGUAAAAUUAUAUUCCAACGAUUCUUCCAUAAAUCCGCUGCCGAAUCCUAUAACAGUUAGUGAAGAUGGUUGGAUUGGUUCACUUGUAACCAUUGGAGCUAUAAUAGGUCCAAUACCAGCGCCAUACAUUUGUUCCAAGUUCGGAAGAAAAAACGCUCUACUUGCGUCCGCCUUACCUUUGAUAACUUCAUUUUAUAUGCUAGCUUUCGCAAAAAACGUCUAUACAAUCUAUGUAGCGAGAACUCUUGGUGGUAUGUCGUUAGGUGCUGGAUAUGCUUUAUUACCAAUAUACGUUGGAGAAGUUGCAGAAGACUAUAACAGAGGCAUGUUAUCUCAAGCUAUCAACGUCUUUUGGUCCAUUGGAAAUUUUAUAGUAUACUCAACUGGGCCGUUCAUGUCCUACAAAGCGUUCAAUUUAAUGAUAGCGAUGCUCCCAACAAUAUUUUUCUUUCUUUUCCUUUUACUAGCUCCCGAAUCUCCGUAUUAUUUGGUAGCGGAAAAUAAAAUGGAAAAAGCCGCCAAAUCGCUAAUGUUGUUGAGAUCAAAAGACAAAGAUGCUGUGCAAGAAGAAUUAGUAUUCAUCAAAGACCAAUUGAACGAUCAUAAAGAAAAUGGCGGUUUAGCCGAUUUAUUCGCCGAUGAUAUUGUUCGUAAAGCUUUUAUAAUAUGUUUAUUAUUAGUAUUCUCUCAAGAAAUGUGCGGGUUUUCAGCGUUAUUUUUCUACAUGCAACUUAUAUUUCAGGCUUCUGGUUCUCAAUUAUCCGACGACAUAUCGUCACUCAUAAUAUCGGUAAUAAUUCUAACCAGUAGUUUUAUUUCUCCGUUCACGGUAGAUCGCUUCGGUAGAAGAACUUUAAUAGUCGUUUCUUGUUUCGGAAUGUGUUUUUCGUUAGCAGCACUGGGAAUAUUUUUCUAUUUAUUAGAAUAUACUAGCAUAAGUACGGAACCAUUAUAUUGGCUCCCUAUAACUAGUUUAGUGUGUUUCAUCUUCUUUUUUAAUUUCGGGAUGUCGGUACCUUGGACAGUUACGGCAGAAAUGCUUCCGGGACACGUAAAAGAAACUGCUACUACUAUUAUCACUAGUACAAGUUGGAUAGUAGCUUUUCUUUUAACUUUAUUCUUCAAUGACAUAACUUCAAUAAUGGGAAUGGGGCAGACUUUUUGGUGUUUUGGAUUGUACUGUUUCGUAGCUGGUAUAAUGGUAUUCCUUUUCGUACCAGAAACUAAAGGGAAAAGUUUUAGUGAAAUUCAAGAUAUUCUUAGGUACGGUGGUAUGUUUCAUUUUAGAUCUAAAAAAUACGUAUCUGAAAAAAGCAAAGGCGUAGAAAAAUAUUAGAUAAUUUUUUGUAUUAAUUAAAUUGCAGAAUAAGCUCGGUUUUCGUAAGGACAAAAAUUAAUUGUGUAGAAAAAGUCAAAUAGAAAAUGCAAAAGAUGAUAUUUGUAAUACUCCUAUAUUCCUAAUGGUCGUAAGUAGAAGGGUGGCCCAUGAAGAGAGGCAGCCAAUGACUAUAGUUCUUCCAAUAUCAAUUGCAGACUAUAGAAACCCUUGUCGGCAGGAAUAUUUCGAAGAAAUUGUGUACAUACGCCUUCCGAUAGUUUCGGCCAAUAGCAAUACAUGUUUACGAUUCGAUGUUUUCAUUGGUAAACAGUGGAAAUGAUGAAUCCGCGUGGACUAACGGUUUGUUAGAUGUUUACCGAGUAAAUAUUAUUUUUCAUUCUUUAAUUUAUUAUGAGUGCCGUGCGUAUUUAUGAAAUAUUGAUUGAUCCUCGCAUAACUGUAUUUUGCAAUUGAUAUUGGAAGAACUAUACUUCUAUCUCGUUCUUUUUAUUUGAAGCUUGGGGGUUUGCAAGUGGGGAAAUCUAUCUAUUAGUAGCGUUCCUUUCCCAUGAAAUCUCAGUUAAUUUCUUCUUCUUCUUCCGCCCAUGGUUGGUUGCUGGGUGGAUAAAGUAGCCUGGUGACUGCCACUGCUGGUCCCAAGCUCGGGUAAAGGAGGAGGGUUGUCAGGUGAGGCCAGCAACCUGCCUGACGUAAAAAGAUUUGCUGCUCACAAAUCCAACGAUUAGCCUCGGAAUAGGAUGGUCCAAGCGUUGACGAACUCGACUAGAAAUUGGAAUAAGAAUACGGAAUUCAAUUCUACGUCCCAUUUUAAUUUUACACAAAUCAGAUGAAUUACCCCUUACCGAUGCAGCAACAACUUUUGUUUUGGGAAAAUAACUCAAUUCAGUCAUUUGACAAAUGAUUGAAAAGUUUUAGGAUAUAUUUACUUGUGGUUAAGAUUUGCGAAUUAAUUUUUAUUCUACUUUUGUAUUGGCUAGUGCAUUUUGGAUUAGAAUACAAUGAACUGAUUGCAUGUGUCUCAGUUUGUUAUUCCAUUUGAGCCACCAUAUCAAAGUGAGAGCAGGUGAGCUGAUAUUAUCAGCUCAAUUUGAAAUAAAUCAGAUCAUUUGCAAAAGGAAAGCUAUGAUUGUAAUGAAUUUUGUUUACCGAUAAUCCAUUCACGAUCAUGCGCAUUAGACUUAACGUAUAAUAAGUGAAACGUGCAUUUUGGUGUCUUGAAAAGGAUGACGAUCCAACAGUGCAGACAUACGUCAUAUAGACUUGAAAUGCUAUGUGAAUGCCCGAAAAUAGAGCAUUCGCACGAACGCAAUUUUAUACAUAGAUGAGAUAUUAAACGGAACAAUUAAACAUUUUGAAAAUAUAAUUUUCAAUUAUUUAAAAUAAGAUUUAUAUACAUACGUAUAUAUAAUUCAUAAUAACAAAUGAAAAAAAUAAUAAACGGCUUGAUUCCAACUCACGAACCAAAAAUGGUUACUUUAAAGCGGUGCACAGAAUGAACGCGAAUAUGGUGCGCUCUAGACGUUCAUAAAAGUAAUGGUUGGCUGGUAAACAUAACCUUAAAAGUGAAUGUAUAUAAUGAAAUUUGAGCGGUGAUUAACGAUUUUGAAUUAUUUAUAAUGUAAUAUAUUCUUACUUUACUGCAUGAAAUGUGUAGAGAAAUAUACACAAAGCGACAUUUGACACGGCGUUGGUGGGUAAGACCCUGCAAUUUGAAUAGAAAUAUCUACAGUUACUUUACUACAACAUAUUUCAAAACGAACGAAAUAGAUCCAGACGAAUUUUUCAAACAUAGAUGAAUGAAUCGGGGUUAUAUUAUCAACUUAUUAACCAGACACUCAACAAAACAUUCAAUAAGAAAACCCUAUUGUCGAUUAGAUUUGGAAGUUAAUCACCAGUUCUUGUCACGGAUUUUUCAAACGGGAAUAUGAUUCCCAAAAUAAAUCUGGCAUAUUUUAGUUUUCUUGUAUCUAACCGAAUUCUAUCAGCCUUUUACUCAGAGAAGUCGUUUUUCAGGAUAUCUGCAACUACAAACUAAAUUAGAAAAGUGAGGUUAUGUUUUUGACGUUCAGCGACGAUUAGCGCGUAAAAAGUAGAAAGUUGGUUAACUUCGACGUCAAGAGCGCAUACAAGCGCGAUCAUUAUGUGCGUUAUGAGAGUUUCUCAACAAAUUGAUCUAUCUUUGACAUUUAUGAACGUCUUAAGAGUGUCAUGCUCGUUUUCAUUCUGUAUACCGCUUAACCGUGUUAUAAGCUUCCAAUGGAUGGAGCGUCUCUCUUAUACUUACUUACUACAGUCGCUCAGUUUGUGCACAGCGGAUCAAGUCUGAAUAAGAGAGAUAUAAGAAUGCAGUUGCUGUUUCUCUUGGUGUGCAGCACUUUUACUUACGGGGAUCAGCAAUAUAGGAGUAUUAAAUAUAUGGUACAGUUCCUUUAAAUCUGUUAAUAAUGUCAAUGUUUUGACUUCUUCAGUGCAAGCAGCUUAGUAUUCUUUUUCGUAAAAUCAAUAUAGCCAACUUAAAUGUUUGUUUUUCUGUAUCCCUGACUCCGAUUUGUGGUUUUACUACAUACAAGUCAACAGAGAAAAACUUUUUUGCCUUUACGAAAACUGAAGUUUAAAAAUACAGUUUAAAGAAGUGUGAAAAGGCAGUUGAAUUCGCUUAAUUAAUGAAAUUUACAAUUUUAAUAUAUUCAAAUCUUAUCUGAAAUCUUAAAAUCGGAAAGCUACUUACACAUUUUUGUCAAUUUAAAUAAUAUCUAUUUAUAGAAACUCUACUAACAAUAUAGCAGAUGCGUAUAUAGUUAAUGUAUAAAUUUGGGACGAGAUUAUUAUUUGAAAAAUUUUAUUGAUUUUUAGAAUGAAUACUCAAGUAUAAAGCAUGAUGAUCACAAAAAAGUGCGUAGUAAAUUAGUUUAAUAUCUAUUGUUUCAAAUAUUUUGAAAUUUUUCACUCUCCUCUUGUAAAUAGUGAUUUAUGGCAAAUAGUAUGAAAAUGCUACUUUAAUUCAAUAUUUCAAUUUUUCAAUAUUUAUAUCUUAAUCGUUUUUCUGUGUUUAUGAAUAAUUUUUUAGAUGGUAAUGAAUUUUAUCUAAGUCCACUAUCAAGUGUGAUACUUUGAGUCGCUCCUUGGCAUUAGGAAACGUCACAUUUAUAUAGAUUGAAAACAAUACUAUUAAAGACACAGUUAUUUGAAGUAAGUCAAUUUUCUGGGUGAAUAUUCUCUUGAACUUCUUGUCAAAUGUUAAUUUCAUUUGAAGCUGUGUUAUCUACAUGUAUGCUAGGGGCUUGGCCCAGAAUGUUUUCCGGAAUUCCUCUCUUAUUUUCUAAUGAACCCUCAACAUAGCCCUCGGCUUCACUGUUGGAUUACCAUUAUCCAUGUUGCUUAGAAUUUCCGCUUCUGACUCUGUCAGGAGAGACGCUGACAAGCGUCUGAAACAAUGCUCUGUGUAUCCUUUAACAUUAGGUAGACCCAGGUACUGAGUAAUCUUUGCUGGUAAUUUUCCAAUGGUGUUUAUGCACUCAAGUUGUAUGAUUUAUUUUACAUUAUAAUAUCGCACAAAAAUAUGUCUUGCUUUACAGCAAGACGUCUAAUGUUUUUAUACUUAUUUUUAAAGGAGCUCUAAUAUUUCUAUACUUUUUGAGGUCAACAAAAUUGACACCAGCAAUAUUUCCAGCAGUGACCACAAAUUUGUGAAUUACGUGUAUUUUGCUUUCUGGAAUUGUAAAUUUAAAAAAAAGGUGCCAUCAUCAAAUACGUUUCCUUCUCAUAGGAAUGUCAAUUCAGCCUUAAACUUAAACUACCCACUCCAUUAUUUGCAGACUGUCUUACUUCAAAUGGAAUGUCUGAUUCACUAUGUGAAGACAUUUCAACUUGUUUUGACAUAUUUUCAAAUAUCGUUGUUUGCUUCCAUAGAAACAAUGCUUCAAGACCUGCUUCUGUACUAACAAUACUUCUAACACAAUUUGUUUCCACAUUAAUAUUUUCAUUCAUACGUAAAUAACUAUUUAAUAAUUAUUAUUUAGCAGCAACUUGCCAAUACUCAAUAUUUUCUAUGUCAAUAAACCAAAAAGUACAAAACCUACAAAUAUCAGCAGCCUAUCAAUUACACUACUUAGGGCCAAUUUUACAAACUACAUACAUUGUGAUCAUGAUCAGAGUUUUUGAAAAGCCCUAUUGAGAAUUUUAAACUAUAGAUCCACUUGUUCAGGACAUUUUCCAAAUAAUAAUCAUAUUCCUUAAUUUAGCUUAUCACUGUAUAAUUAGAAAGUCGAACACUUAAAAUAUAUUACUUAACGGACAAUUGUAAUAUGUUUAAAACUUUACAGUAUUAUUUUUAGUUAAUUUAUUUUAUUUAAGUAGUGCCAUAGUAAAAGCUUCCAUUAAUUUUAUGUAAAAGUAUUCAAGAUUUUUUAUUCCUAUUUAUAAUUAUAUAAUUUAAUGUAUAAAUAUACAGGGUGAAUCACGUUGUAUAUUCUUGGAAGAAAAAACUGUAACCAGUGAUGAGAAAUUUUAAUAAAAUUUUGUCAGUAUUGAAUUUUAA